GCGCAUGCGUCGUGCGGCCUGCGCGCCUGGCAGUGAGCGAAGUCAUGAUGGCGGCGGACAGGCCGUGCUGAUGAGACAGCGAAUUAACCGACACCCACAGGAGCGCGUAACCGGGCAUCUGCGAGCCGCCCGACACUGACAACACAACGCUACGGAGCGGCCUUCGCUGCAAUACAAGCGACGAACCGAAAUCAGGAGCCUAUCGUGCAGGAACCAGCGCCUCGCCGCUGCUGAGCUCUACCAGGCCGGAACACACAGGACACAGGGGGACCGGAAGGGUCACACAGCGCAGCCACCAUGCAGAUUACUAUGAAAACACUGCAGCAGCAGACCUUCAAGAUAGAGAUCGACGGCGAAGAGACGGUCAAAGCUUUGAAGGAGAAAAUUGAACAAGAGAAGGGAAAAGAUGCAUUUCCAGUUGCUGGCCAAAAAUUAAUUUAUGCAGGUAAAAUCCUUAAUGAUGACACAGCACUUAAAGAAUACAAAAUUGACGAGAAAAACUUUGUAGUGGUUAUGGUGACAAAACCAAAGGCUGCAUCUGGUUCUUCAUCUGUACCAGCUCCAGCACCAUCACAGCCUGCCAGCACUGCUACUGCAGCCCCUGCAUCACCACCCGUGACAUACACGCCUAUUGUUCGAACCAAUGCCCCUGUAUCUCUCCCUUUCCCUCUUCCCAACGUCCCUGUACCUAGUCCACUCUUAACAGAGCCCACCACCACAACUUCUGUUCCUAAGGAGGACAAACCUGAAGAGAAAACAGAAAGCCCUGAGGAAACAGUGAGCCCUUCUUCAACUGAAUGCAGCAUACCCAGUGAUUCUACUCGACCUUCCCUUUUUGAAGAUGCCACAAGUGCACUCGUAACAGGUCAGUCCUAUGAGAAUAUGGUAACGGAGAUCAUGUCCAUGGGCUAUGAACGAGAGCAAGUUAUUGCAGCCCUUAGAGCUAGUUUCAACAACCCUGACAGGGCUGUGGAGUACCUCCUUAUGGGAAUUCCAAGUGACCGAGAAGGCCAAGCAGUUGCUGAUCCACCACAGGCAGUUAGUAGUGUCCCCACUCAGCCUCUUCCAGCGGCGGUAGCUGGAGCAGUGGCUGGUGCAACUUCUACUACACCUUCUACACCUUCUACUGGAGGAAAUCCCCUUGAUUUCUUGCAGAAUCAGCCUCAGUUUCAGCAGAUGAGGCAAAUUAUUCAGCAGAAUCCCUCUUUAUUACCGGCACUUCUCCAACAGAUUGGACGGGAAAAUCCCUCUUUACUGCAGCAAAUUAGUCAACAUCAGGAACAGUUCAUUCAGAUGUUAAAUGAUCCAGUCGCAGAGUCCGGGGGACAGGGAGGUGGAAGAGGAGGAGGAGGAGGAGGAGUAGCAGCAGCUGAGGCUGGAAGUGGUCAUAUGAACUACAUUCAAGUCACACCUCAGGAAAAAGAAGCUAUAGAAAGGCUAAAAGCAUUAGGAUUCCCAGAAGGACUUGUGGUACAAGCUUAUUUUGCAUGUGAGAAGAAUGAAAAUCUUGCGGCCAACUUUCUCCUACAGCAGAACUUUGAUGACGAUUGAAAAGAAGAGACUGUAUUUUUUAUCUCACUUCACACCAGUGCAUUACACUAACUUUGCUCACUGGAUUUACUGGGAUGAUUUGGGCUCAUAUCCACAAUAUUUGGUGUAUGGUAGUAAAGGGUGGGGUGGGUUAGGGAAAUAUCAGACAAGCUAGGACAUAAAGCAUCAAUCUGCUAUAAUUGAGCAGUUUCAGCAUUCAGCGUGUAUUAUGGUAAAGCUAAAAGAAAGCAAAUUACAACCAAAAUGCAGCUUCAGCAGGCAUUUAUUCCCUUCUGAAAACAUCUGCUAACUUCUCUAGAAACAAUCUUUUCUUCACUAGUAUAUUUUGAUCCAGAAACUUAGUGUAAUGCCCUGCUUUUCAUUUUUCAUUUUAACAUAAACAUUGCUAUUACAAGUAGCCUGUGCUACCUGGAGAUAUUGUUCCUUUUUUUUCUUUCCUUUUUCUAUUUUAUUUCCCGGUAACACUGGAUUCUGACAUUGAGGAAAUUUGUGAGAUGUAAAUGCCAAAAUUACAAGUAGGUGAUUAUGUGCUGCUUCAAAGAGUAAUAAAAGGAAAUGAGUGCGCAGGAGCCUGGUAAAUGCUGUGAAAGUACAUUUUGAAGCUCUUUAUUUCCAUAAAAUCCUGUUUUAGUCAUAUUUAAGGAGACCCUGAUCAAUGAGUGUGAAGUGGGCACUUUCUGUUCUGACUUAGAAAACAGUAUGCACCCAGGAGGUUUAUUUUUCUGUUUUUUUUUUUUUGCUGCUUAGGGAAUUGAAACUGAUAGCUUUCUAAUUGCUCAUUUACUUCAAUUUUACAUUGCAGUAAAGGUUUUAAAACAAUUGUUGCAUGUUUUUUGGUUUUGAUGAAAUCCACUUGGUGUGUUAAGUAACAUAUUCCCCCCCAGUAAUUACUUGUUUUCCAUGUCAGCUAAGAAUGUGCAACCCCUCUUCUACCUGUCUGGCAAAUUUUAACCCAUACUUAGCUAAACCUCUGUAAACCAGUCAACUAUCAAUACAAGCUGCAUUUUGGCAAAGGCAAAAUUGCAACUUUUUCUUUUUGGCAUUCUGUAAUCUUUUUCAUCUCCCAUACCAUAAUAAUCAAUAAGAGAGUCCUUCUGCUUGGAAGAAGCUGGCAUGACAGGGCUUUGAGCGGUCAACACAUCCUGUUAUUUUCAGAGAAGGCAUGACAUAUAAUUGAAUUGUAAGAAUAUCUGUGUAUGUACUGCUUAUACAUUGGAUAAAUGGACGAACAAUCAGCGGAAACAAAAGUAUAACCCAAAAAAGUUAUGCACAAAACAUUAAAAAUUCUCCUUGUA